UAGGGUAAAUUCAAUCAUACUUAAGGCACAUACAACGCUGCAUUUCAACUUCAUUACCCGAUUCUCAGAAACCUUCGAGAAACGACAAGGGUAAUACGAUGUUCUCAACGCUACUUGUUCUCCUUGCGUCAUGUUGCGGUGCAGCGAUGAGUCAGUGGAAUCCAUACGGGAACUGGAAAACGUAUCGGCCAGUUGAACUACCGAUAAAUCAGUACAACAGCUGGCCACCGAAACCAAACCAACCACAACAACCACAGCAGCCACAACAACCACCACAGCCUCCUCGUUAUCCUCAACCAUCAUAUCCGGCAUAUCCUCCACAACAAUCAUAUCCGGCAUAUCCUCCAAAACAAUCAUAUCCGGCAUAUCCUCCAAAACAAUCAUAUCCAACAAACCCCCGGUAUAAUCCUUGUGCCGCUGUGUAUUGCCAUCGGAUCUAUUGCAAUUAUGGACAAUACACACCUCAAGGCGAAUGCUGUCCGCAGUGCAACCCAGGCACCUAUUUGCCAGAAAAGUGGAGCUGGCAGGGGAAUAAUGUUGUUGGCGACCAAGAAAAAUACGUUGGGGAAGGUAAUAACGUUGGCGAGCAAAGGAAUGAUGUGGGCGGGAAUGCGAAUAUCGUUGGCGGGCAAAGUAAUGCCGUGGGUGGAAAGGGAAAUGACGUUGGCGAGCAAAAGAAUGCCGUUGGUGGGUCAGGGAAUACCGUGGGAUGGCAAGGGAAUAACGUGGGCGGGUAAAGUCCUUGAAGUACAGAUGAAAUGGAUCUCAUUUGGGAACGAUAGUACUUACAAUGAUUUCCUUGUUGUCAAUACUAAAUAAAUAUUAAUCAGCAACCUGUACCAUUAUUUAUGGCAUUCAUGUGGUAUACACAAGAAAUUAUCUUAAAUAAAGCAAAUAUAUGCACGCAUGUUGAAUGUAAAAAAUGUGUUUAUGUUACAAGACAAAUAUUCCAUAAUUUUACAUAAGUAUUAUCCAUGAAAAUAACGAUGACGAAUGUAGGCGGGUCCACAUGACGAUCUAUUGUUUAUACGUAUGUACACGAUUACGAAUUUUAUUGCAAAUGUCAAAUACGUGUUAUACUUCUUCCAGCGUAUGUAGUGCUUAUCUAUAUGCAAGUAUUCGUUAUAUAAUAACUGUUUAAUAAAACAAAAGACGAUCG